AAGACUGAAGAAGACAAGCGGCAGUUUUUAUUUCUUGGAGUCAAAAUCUGAUUUUCUGCCGGAUUUCAUCAUCACUUUAAAACAGAUUUAAUAAUAAAAGCUCUUUGUUUCUGUAUUUAAGGCUUCACUUCGUCCUGCUUAUAAGACGGAGACAUCUUCAAAUAUGCCAUGGAGAAUCACAGAAAGUGACUGAAUUCAAGAACAUUGUUGCUGCAUCUCUCAAGCAACGAAUAAACACCGCUAACUUGGAGAAUGCAGGGAAAACUCAUCUUCUCGCGUCUGCCCUAGAACCUCGGCACAAACAUCUCAGGUUCCUCGACGAAAACAUGAGAGAAGAAGUAAGAAAAAACCUUUUUGAACAUUAUCAGAGCAUUUUCCUUGAUGCGAGUGGCGCGGAUGUAGCCGCCACCACCAACGAUGAAGAGGAGGCGGCAAUGCCCGCUCGUCGGAAAAGGCUGAGCCAGUACUUCGGCGAUGAUUACAGAGAAUCCAGCCGAGACGACUGGGAACAGUUCUUGCUGGAGCCAUGUAUUCCACCAGAUGAGGAUCCCAUUCAGUGGUGGAACGAAAACACGAAGCGCUUCACAAAACUUAGUCGCUUAGCACACCGUUACUUCUGUGUCCCGGCAACUUCUGUGCCGUCAGAGCGUGUUUUCUCCGCAGCCGGCCUUAUUGUUAACAGACUAAGGAGCCGACUUUCCCCCAGUCAUGUUGACAUGCUUGUGUUCCUUAACAAGAACAUGUAAAACAAUAGAAAGAAAGCAAAAAAGAUUUGCUGACAGUUUAAAAGGUUCAAAGUUAAAUGUAGCCUAGGCUAUUUGUUUAUUAAUGUUCUGUACAAUAGCCUAAUUGCUGCAGGCGGCUUUAUUUACGUUUUUUUUUUGUUCACUUUUUUUUUGCUUUUGCUCUGUACUUUUUUGUUUGUUUGCACAAAUUGUUAAAGGUUUUCAGCUACAAAACACGAUGUAGCGUAAUGUUUAAGCUUAUUGUGUAUAAGCUUGUUCAAAAAUGACGGAAACAAUAAAUGUUACUGAAAAAUAA